CCCAGUUCAACAGUCGGAAAGUCGGAAGAGAUCAGCAGUUAGCUUCAUCGUUGCACUGGAAUGGCUAAGACGUAUGAUUUUCUCUUUAAGUUAUUACUGAUUGGAGAUUCAGGUGUUGGAAAGACGUGUGUGCUGUUCCGAUUUUCUGAGGAUGCCUUCAAUUCAACGUUUAUAUCCACCAUAGGUGGGUGAACAUAAUUCGUAAAACCUUGCAACACUGAGUGGCGAUUGCUGUGGAAUUUUAUUGGAUUCUCCCUUACAGGCCUCUUGAAUACAACGAAUUUAAGAGUGUUUUUGUGUGGUUUCAGGCAUCGACUUUAAAAUAAGGACAAUAGAAUUAGAUGGCAAGAAGAUAAAGCUUCAGAUAUGGUGAGUGAUUAUUCUGCAAGGGCAAGUAAAUUAUUUGAUCCUCGUCACUCCGUUGCGUCCUCUACUUCGCAGAAAUUCCAAGGCAGAAUUGAAGCCAUUGUUCAUUUCCUUAUCGAUUUUUCAUGCUAGCUACACCAUGGUUUUUAAUUACGUGAAACGGUAAACCGGUACUUAGUAACUGGGCAUCAUUUUUGAAUACCGAGGCCAAUUUGCAAUACCGAUUUUGGACUUACUUCAAAUCAUUAUUUCACACAUCGAUUCUACGGUCCCUUCAUAUUCGCUUAGUAAUUAAUGUAAAUUCAGUCUGUUGUCAACUAUUGAUUAGAAAGAUGUGCAAAAUUGGUUUGUUGCAGAUUAAUCUCGUUCGCUAACACACAUUGCAUAGAGUUCAAAGACUUCUUCAGAAGUGGGAGAGGCAGUCAUGAAUUUUCAGUUUUUUUCUUUUGAUCUGUGAAUGUUGCUAGAAAAUUUUAAAAAAUUUAAAUUAAGUUGAGUUCAACAGAGUCUUUUCCACUUUGUUUUAAAUAAAUCAUGAUCAGACUUCAAUCGAUUUUGAUCUGCAUUUUUGUUGUGGCAACACUCCAUUAGUCACAAUUUAUUUUUGUCCCCUUGUGUAAGAAGCAUGUGAUAGUAAUAUAACUGCCAGACAAGCAUGUGGCAAAACAUACAUGCAUGUAUAAAUUUUUUUGGUCCAAGGCAAUUUAUAAAAACUUGUAUUUAUGACCACUCUUACAUGUAUCUAGAUAAUGUGAUUCAAAUAUAAAGUAGGAGCUCUCUUAACCCUUUACACCCUAACGUCAGAAUUCAUAUUCUCCAGAGCUGUUCUCUAUACUUUCCUUAAGAUGUAAACAAGGAGAAUUUGUGUCACCAUCAAAUACUUUUUAUUUGGUGAUUAUUUCUUUUUUUUCCUGUGACCCUGAUGUAUGAUUCGGGGGCAAUAUUCUGAGGAGUUACCCCCAGGGGUCAAAAAGGUAAUGCAUAUUCCCUCAAAGGGGUGGCUUGGUGUGCAACCGUUUUCUUCAAAACACUUAAAAUUCUCCAUUCACUUUCUGGUAAGGGGGCUGCCAAAAUUUUCAGGGGCUGUUGUGAGAUAGUCCUUUGUUUUUGUUUGUGUGUGUGUGUGUGUGUGUGUGUGUUAUUAAGCUCCAAUAAUCAAGUAUGGUAAAGGAAAUUUUGUUAGUCUCUAAAUCUUAGGUUAAUCCGUGAAUUGCUACAAUGGUUUAUAUUAUUGAUCACAAUGCAAUAUUUCUGUGUUUGUUUUGUCACCAAACACAUCUAAUAAUAAUUGGGGAUACCAUGGAGGAGGUUAAGCUUGAAUAUAGGCCAUCUGUUGUUUGGAGCACUGAAGUCUGUGAUGGACACUCUUCGUAUUUUGUUGCAAUGUUUGUUUAGGAAACUAAGGAUACUUGAAAUUUUGCAAAUGUCUCCAGAAUAUUCUAGAGAUUAGUGAUAAAAUGAAAAGUUUGGUGUUUUAUUGAUAUAAAUAAUUCAAAUCCUUUAAUAUGUAUAAUGCAUUUUGAAAAACAGUAGCAAUGGAAAGGGAAACUAAUACAGUAAGAAAGCAAAACUAUUGAUUAGAAGUGCAUCCUUAAGCAUGUUGUGGAAAGUAUCCCAAGAUCUACGUUGUACUUUUGCCUUAAAAAACACAGUUUUGAAAUCUGACUUCUUGAAGCACAAGAAUUGUUAUUUAAUAUCAAUUACCUUUUUGAAAAUGUGAUGGUCUUUGAACUAUCUGUUGUUUUAAGGUCUGCUCAUAGGCUUGACAAAAUUAUUUCCUUUGAGGCAUUAUUAUUAUUUAUUAUUUUGUUGCAUAUUUCCUUGACUUUCAGGGACACCGCUGGACAGGAAAGGUUCCGAACUAUCACCACUGCAUACUAUCGCGGUGCUAUGGUAAGAGGAAUGCUCACUUUUCCUUGUAUCAGUUAUUCUAUGAACACUAGUUCAAAUCUUUCUUCAUUUACUUAUCAAUUUUUAGGGAAUCAUGCUUGUUUAUGAUAUUACCAAUGACAAAUCUUUUGAGAAUAUCAAGAACUGGAUCAGAAAUAUUGAAGAGGUUAGUUUGUUUUGCUAUUUGUAUCGUAAUGUAUUUUUGAAAUUAACUGUAGCUGUUUUAGUGUUAUUGUAGAAUUUGCUUUAUUGUUUGUGCUCCUUGCAAUAUUUUAAAUGGGUGCGAACCAAGUCUGUGGAUUGAUUUUUCAGCAUGCAUCUUCUGAUGUUGAAAAGAUGGUUCUGGGAAACAAAUGUGAUAUGGAGGAUAGAAGAUUAGUCUCUAAAGAAAGAGGAACCCAGGUAAACAUGUCUGUACAGUGUUCUAAAUACAAGGAAAUUUGGUAAUAUUAACUGAGUUUAUUGGCUGACAUUUUGAACAUCAGUCCUAUGCUAGAGCAAAUAAUGAAGGGCUAACACUUGAAAUAUCAGCUCAUAAACUUCUUAUGGUGGCUAAUUUAUGUUAUCAACUGAUUUGAUAAUACUAAAUUACCCUGUUAUACUCUGUCACCGAUGCAGCACCACAGUUGCUUUAGAAACUUACCCCCUUGGUUCUCAAUAUAAGUCAGGUCAAGUUAAACACAGGUUACUGCUGGCAGCCAGUAGCAAGUUUUCAACAGAAAUAUUUGGGAUAAUUUCCUUAAAGUGGCUACUCUGAAAAUUACAGUGUACUUUACUAGAGACUGGUCCAUUGUACUAAAUUAAAUUUAUGUAGUUCCCUUUCCUGCUUCCUAGUGUAGAUGAUUUUUGGACACAGUUUAUAUGUAGCUACACAUUUUUUCUAGGCUCUGUUGAAUUUUAUUUUGUUCUCUCAUUUUUAGUUGGCCACAGAAUAUGGAAUAAAAUUCAUGGAGACAAGUGCAAAAGCUAGUAUCAAUGUAGAAGAGGUAUGUCAAUGUAAUUGUAUUUUCUACAAAGGGCAAAUUUACAUUCUAAAAACGUAAUUGUCUGCUCUGCACACCACAGAGGACCUUUAAAAAGUUAAAGACUGUUUCCAAGUCCUCACAGCAACUAUCUUAACCACCAAAAAUUACUUACAGAGAUCAACCACUCACAAAAUUAUAAAAUUUCAAAUUGUAAAUUAUCCAUUUGAAAAUUUUCUUCAAUGCCCUUAACUUUCCACUUUUGAUAAAGGUCUGACAAUGAAAACGUUAGCUUUAGAAACUCUUUACAGUGGCCAAUUUACAUAAUCAACUCUGUGGCAGAUCAAAUGUAAUUAUUUUGUAAUCUCUAAGUAAUCAAAUUUAGAAAAUGCUAGUUAUUCUCUGAGCAGUAUUUGUAUUACAAUCGUUGCUAACAAUGAUAUUAACUGCUUUUAUUUCUGUAGGCCUUUUUUACGCUUGCGAGAGAUAUAAAACUAAAAAUGGACAAAAAACUUGUAAGUUUGUUUUACACAAUCAGUAGAAUUUAGGUGUCAGUGAAUUACCUUGACCUUAUAACUAGUUGUGUUUUUAAUUUAGUUUAUUUCAAACUUUUAUUUUGCACUGCAAUGGCAACCAUAAGUGUGAUUGUUGUUAUGUUUUGGUUUGUAGGAGCAAACAAGUCCACAAGCAACAUCAACGAUUAGCGUUACACAACAAAAUAAACAAUCCAAAGGAAUCUUCCGUUGUACAUUAUUGUAGGAUGUUGUAAAGUUCUGCAUGCAAGAAUUUGCUCUAUCAUAGUUAAUAUGACAGUAACUGUGUCCAAAAUAUGUGUAUUUGAAAUGAUGGGUCUGGUAAAAAAAUGAUGAUACUGUGUGUGAGAAAGAGAUCACAUUAUUUUCUUAUAGUAGAAGUUUUAUUGGGAAUUUAACCAGCUUUGGUCUUGUUCUUGCUCAGUGCCACAACUGAACUGCUAAGUGCAUAUCAAAAUUAAUGUCUACAUUCUGAGGUAUGGAUUUUAUGGGAUGACCCUUGUGUCUCUCUUGAGAUGUAUCUUUCCACUUGCAGCACAACUUUUGUUCUGUGUUGUAAAACUUUUUGAUGUUAGUGGCAAUAUGUUACAUUAUGUAUCUGGUAUCAAUCCUUACAUUUAGUUGACCAGAGCAGACCUUAAACACUGGAAAAUAACUGCCAAAUUUUUCUGUAUGUCGACUCAUGUUUUCAGUUCUGAAUUGCACAUCUGAACUCCAGGAUUUUAAUAUACAAGGUUUUUACAUAAGAAACAAGAGAGGCAAAAGGACCUGUUAGUUUUGAAACACAUGGAUAAAACACAAGGAAACUGCACAUGACUGUGUAUGACAGCAGUUGUCUUUGAAACAUUUUACAAAUGGACAUGAAUUACAUGUGGAUGAAAUUUCAUCUUUUCUGGAUUGUGCAUUUUUAUUAUAAUAUCCAUGGGUUUGAUGACCGGUUUUACCUCUUUCACUCCCAAGAACUCAUUAUUGUCUGCCAUAAAGCUCCUAUAAUGUUAAUUUGGAGAAUUUGGUAUUGGAUCAACUCAAAAUCUCAUUGAUAUUUUUCUUUAUUCUCAUUACUUGUCUGCUUGACAUUGUAUGGAUAUUGUAAGGAGAAGUUCAAUCUUGAUCACUCAUGAGAGUUAAGGGUUAAUGCUCAGUACAAAGUCGAAAUGGAAUUGUACCGUAGAAGUAAAAGAGGGUCAAAAUAAUCUGCUCAAAAUUGAAAAAAUGGAAAAUAUUGGAAUAUCAGGUUCUUGUAAUGAUUUUAUUUUUAAGGACAAUUUAUUUCCAUUCUUGUGCUACAAAUAUUAACAAUAGUAUACUGCAGCUUAAGGUUUCUUGAUAUGUUUUGGUUCAGCUUGUAUAAGUUACCUCAUGGUGUCAGAAUAGUAAAAAUAAACCAAAGAUACAAGCCAGCUUAAGAUAAUUUGUUACUUAUUAAUGGGAUGUCACUUAGAAAACGACAAGUAAAUAGAGCUAACCAGUAAUGCCUGUUUUUUGAAUACCAUAAUGUGGUACUUGAGAAAGUGUUCUCUAUUUUGUUUAAAAAUAUGUAAAUGUUAAGGUUACAAGUUAUUUGAGGAACUGGCAUUGAUUACAUAGCCAAUAGAGUUUACAUGUAUUGUUGAAAAUAGUCUCUCUGUUACGAAUCAGUAACCGUCCAAACACCAAUGGCUUCUUUGCAUUCCAUCUUUUUUCUUGAACUUAUGAAAGAUGUGUUUUCCUCCUCACAGUAAGCAAAACACAUCCUUGACCUGGUUGGUUUUUUAGUCAAAAUGGUUUGUUAAAGUCAGCAUAUUAGGGGAUAAGCUCAUCUGACAGGUCUCUUGGACAGUUUGUACCAACAGCUAUUAUUUUUUCUAUUUAAACGAGUGAAGUCACUGGCUUUGGUAGCAGGUGCUUAAUGUAGUAGGAAGUGUUAAAGUGAUUUAAGCUGACACACCAGCUAGAGGUUGUGUGUAUAAGUCUUGUGUUUGCUCUCUUGUGGUAUGUUGCUUGCACUCUUGUCUAGCACCUACUACACAAGCUACACUUUUCUCCAUUUUAAAUAAGGUCGAAACUAUGGGGCAAGUUAAAGGAAACACAUUUAAUCAUGAGCUACAUUUAGUAUGUCAUCAUUUAGUUUGAUAGUGGAGCUUAUAAAUGAGAAUUAAGUGAAAUUGAAAUACAUGCUUGUUAAGAAGCCUUUCUUUCCUCUCUUUUUUUCCUUAAUUAAUAAUUUUGAAGUAUUGAAACAAGUGUUUUGAAAGAACAUCUUAGUUAGGAUGUUGGUAGUUCAGGCUAAGAAGGAGUGUAAGAGCCUUGUCAUCUUGUAUUCAAAAGUGACUCUUGCAGCUGAAUCUGGCAUCUCACUCUCAAGAAAAUCAUGAAGAAGAGAACAUCAGUACUUCUGGUUAAGGCUAUAAAAAAGUUAACUUAUUUCAAAUCCCUUUUUUUCUCAGGCAUUAAUGAUGGUGUAACUGGGAUUUCUUAGAUCUACAUUUAUACUUUUUAACUGUCCAUACUAAUUUACAUUUGUCAAGAAAGUAAUGAUAACAUUAGACUUCACUUCAGUACAUCCACUCUUUAGCCAUAGAAUUUUCUUCAAUAUGAUCUAAUUUUACGCUGACUAAAUUGCUCUCCUUUAUAGAUAUUAAUUAGAGAUCAAGAAACAGUUUGUUUAUUUUCAAAUGUAAUUGUAUCACUUAUCAAUGCCAAAUUAAAGUUUGAAGAUCAAUAAACAAGAAACCAAAAACAGUAUUAAGGUAUGACAACCAAAUAUCUCUUUCUGCACUAAAGGCAGGAAAAGAUCAUGGCGAAUUGUCUUAGCAUCACGUUAUAUUUAAGUUUCUUUUUUUAAAUAUUUUUUUGUCCCCCCUUUCAUAAUUCCUGAAAGAUAAAAAUAACAAUACAUUUAUUGAAAUUUAGAUUGUGGUCCCCUG